GAUGAGCUAUUUAACAUGGGCAUCAAGAUUCUCCAGGAAUCUAAAGGCCAAAAGCAUAAAGCAGAAGCCUACAUGCUUUUUGCCAAAGCAGCUGACAUGGGAAAUUUGAAAGCAAUGGAGAAAAUGGCUGAUGCUUUGCUAUUUGGAAAUUUUGGCAUGCAAAACAUAACAGCAGCUAUCCAAUUAUAUGAGUCCCUGGCUAAAGAAGGAUCAUACAAAGCCCAAAACGCUUUAGGAUUUUUGUCUUCUUAUGGAAUAGGAAUGGAAUACGAUCAAGCCAAGGCAUUGAUAUAUUAUACCUUUGGAAGUGCUGGAGGAAGCAUGAUGUCCCAGAUGAUUCUGGGGUACCGGUAUUUGUCAGGAAUCAAUGUUCUACAAAAUUGUGAAGUUGCGCUAAAUCAUUACAAGAAAGUAGCAGAUUAUAUUGCUGACAAGUUGGAAAAAAGUGAAGGUAUUCCAGUGGAAAAAGUGAGACUCACUGAGAGGCCUGAAAAUUUGAGUUCUAACAGUGAGAUUUUGGAUUGGGACAUAUACCAAUACUAUAAAUUUUUGGCAGAAAGAGGAGAUGUUCAGAUACAAGUAUCUCUUGGACAAUUACAUCUUAUUGGGAGGAAAGGUCUAGAUCAAGAUUACUAUAAAGCAUUAUACUAUUUCUUAAAGGCAGCAAAGGCUGGGAGUGCAAAUGCCAUGGCAUUUAUAGGAAAGAUGUAUUUAGAAGGGAAUGCGGCAGCACCACAAAACAAUGCUACUGCCUUCAAAUAUUUUUCCAUGGCAGCUGAUAAGGGCAAUGCAAUUGGUCUUUAUGGCCUUGGUCUCCUUCACUUUCAUGGAAAAGGUAUCCCUGUGAAUUAUGCCGAAGCACUUAAAUACUUUCAGAAAGCUGCAGAGAAAGGAUGGCCUAAUGCACAGUUCCAGUUAGGCUUCAUGUACUACUCUGGCUCUGGAGUGUGGAAGGAUUAUAAACUGGCCUUCAAAUAUUUUUACUUGGCCUCUCAGAGUGGGCAGCCUCUUGCCAUUUAUUACCUGGCGGAGAUGUAUGCCACAGGAACGGGAGUGUUGAGAUCAUGCAGAACUGCUGUGGAGCUUUAUAAAGGUGUCUGUGAACUAGGCCACUGGGCUGAAAAAUUCCUGACAGCUUACUUUGCCUAUAAGGAUGGUGAUAUAGAUUCUUCUCUUGUUCAGUAUGCAAUGCUUGCAGAAAUGGGGUAUGAAGUAGCUCAGAGCAAUUCAGCAUUCAUUUUGGAAUCUAAAAAGGCAAACAUUCUUGAGAAAGAGAAGAUGUAUCCAAUGGCACUUCUCUUAUGGAAUCGAGCUGCUGUUCAAGGAAAUGCAUUUGCUAGAGUAAAAAUUGGAGAUUACCAUUACUAUGGCUAUGGGACUAAGAAAGACUAUCAAACAGCAGCUACACAUUACAGCAUUGCAGCUGACAAAUAUCACAGUGCACAAGCCAUGUUCAAUCUGGCAUAUAUGUAUGAACACGGCUUAGGUAUUGCAAAGGACAUCCACUUGGCCAGGAGAUUGUAUGACAUGGCUGCUCAAACAAGUCCAGAUGCUCACAUACCUGUGUUCUUUGCCCUUAUGAAACUGGAAACAAUGCAUUUGCUCCGAGACAUCCUGUUUUUUAACUUUACAAUGAGAUGGAAAUGGAUGAAAUUGGACAACACCGUUGGACCAUACUGGGAUUUAUUUGUGAUUGGCCUACUUGUUGCCACACUGAUUUUCUUGCUUAGAAAUCACUAUAGGUAGGCUCUGGAUGAUCCAAAAACAUGCUCAUGAGUUCAUGCUAAGCUAUCUUCAAAAAUAAAGAAUUUCCUCAACCAAAUCAAGAACCUGCUUGCUGAUUUUUCACACAGUCCUGUCACAGGAAGUACACAAAGCUAGAGAAACAACUUCAAAGACUUGUUGUAGUAGUGGUGCAUUCCUAUAAUCUCAGCUAUGGUCGGUGAAGGAGAAUAUAGGAUUAUUGUCCAAGGCUAGCCUAGGCAAAAUGCCCAAGAUGCUAUGUCAAGAAAACUAAAAAGAAGGGAUAAGGGUAUG